ACACACACACACACACAUUUAACCAUGAGGAGACCUAUCAAUAAUUACGUACUGUAGGCUCGCCUUCCUGCCACUCUGCCAAGAUAGCAGGUUCAGUUCCAACACGGUGAUGAGAGACAGAGCUGAAGAUGGAUGUCUGUGGGUUUUCCAGGUUUAGUCACACUGACUGAAUUCUGUUUUGACAUGUCGAGUAUGUUCGAACAAAACCAGAGCUUUGUUUAAAGUCAGCACCCUGAGAAGAUUUCUGAUGUUAUGACAUGUGGUGAGAAUCAUUGCAUGCAUUUAUCACAUCGUUGUUUCUGAAGAGAGAUACUUCUUAUAGUUUUUACAUUGAACAGGACAAACAUGUAGAAGACCUAUACACCUUGAAUGCACUGCUGUAUAUCAGGUCUACCAUACAGUGUGUUUUGAGGCAUCAAAAGCGAUACUAUUUUUACAUUUUCAAAGUAAAAAUAGUAGAUAAAAAGUGUGCUUUCGAUUUGUUUUAACACAAAAACAAUAUUUUGACAUUCUGAGGCAUAUUUGUCACAGUCUUUGAAUAAUAUCUGUUACCAAAAACAAUUACAUUGGGUGUCCCUGUGCUCAGAUGAGCUGCUAGUCAACAGGUAGGGGCCCCAGGCCAGUAGGGGGCCACCGAGGGCUGAAAAAAAACCCCAUUAAACCACUGCAGUGGCUCAAAAUGGUCAAAGUUUACAAUUUCAGAAACCUUCCUAAAGGGGCCCCAUCUGAUAACACUCGCUCCUAUUGCACUGCUAGCUGAAGCCUGCAUUAUCCCUAUGUUCUUUUAUUGAGGGUAAUGUAUUCUGUCUAACAUUUUUAAUAGACAAAUGCCAUUAGUUAGGGGGGUGGCAGUAGCAACUUUUUCUUUCCAUGUAGUGUUUAUGAAGUCAACAUUUUCACAGAGCUCAUUUUGACCCUUGUGGCCUAAAUACUAACAUUUAAAAGAUGUCUCUGCUCUUUUCUCUGUCUCAGUUAUGUGUUCCAGUGAGCCAUAUCAAGCACAACACCAGCACAUCGGACCUGGCAGCCGCUGCUAAUGAAAUUACCACCAUGCAUCUCCUAUUUGAAUUUGUUUCAGUGUCUGCCAUGAAAGCAGGGCCAGUGGAAACUUCUUAUUAUGUAAUAAAGCAGAGCGAUCAUUUUCUGGGUUGUGAUGACUCUAAACACACAAAAAGCUGAGGCGCAGAUGGCCUAGCGGGCGGCUGGGUCCCGCCCCGUGUACGAAGGCCAUCGUCCUAAUGGGGCCAUUCUCAAAGGGGACGGCCUGGGUUCAAGUCUGACCCUCAGCUCCAUUCCAGCACGUCAUUCCCCACUCUCUCCUGAUUUUCUUACUCCCUAUCAAAUAAAGACGAUAAAAGGAAAAAAAAAGCUGGAUUUUGUAUUUAUCAUGACAGUCUUAACAGAAUUCCAAAAGUGCUUGUGAUACUUAAAGAUUAGUUUGCAUUCACUUGUAUACUUUCUGUCUUCUUUGAUCAUUCUAAGAAUGGAUAUAUUUCUGAAUCUGUGUCUUGUCAACAUUACCUCAGUUUUUUUUCCCUUUGACGACCAGCCUGCCUGGUAAUAUUUAUAGCUCCACCCAAAAUGAGGUUGCAAUGAUCCCCCCUCCCUCCUCCCUUCCUCCCUCUCUCUCUUCCACUCCUCUCUCUCCCCCUCUGUCUGACUUUCUUUACAUUUCACCAGUCACUACAGGAUCACCACACCGGACCUGUUGGAGCUGAAGGGAUUAUUAAGGACACCUACAUUUAUGACCACGACCCAAAACUGUCGUUCACAACAGCGGGAACAGCACGGAUGAUGCGUGCAGCCCUUCCUCAGCUAUUCAAUGACAGAAGAGACGCGCCAAAGAAGAGAUGGGAACUGUCGUUGGACUUCUACCUACCCGGCUGUGGGGGCAAUGUUGUCGGUGCUCCAUGUGGGCUGUACCUGUAGUGGUGGUUGUGGUCCAGCUUUGUGUUGCUUUUAACUUGGACACGGAGUCACGCGUGGUUUUCACCGGACCACAGGGAAGUUAUUUUGGGUACUCGGUGGAGUUCUUCGGUAACGCAUCCAGCAACAGCAUAUUGAUCGGUGCUCCGAAAGCCAACACAAGCCAACAAGACAUCACCGAAGGAGGAGCCGUGUACCUGUGUCCCUGGAGCCAAGCUAACUGCAGCAUAAUCAACUUUGACAAGCAAGGUGAUCGAUAUUUCUAUAUAAAUAAUGUGAACACUCAGGUCGAGUUCAAGUCUCAUCAGUGGUUUGGAGCUACCGUGCGUUCCCAUGGCAACAGCGUCCUGGCUUGCGCUCCCAGUUAUUACUGGAGGACCGAACAUGACACACCCUUUGCUGAUGUCACAGGAACCUGCUACCUCUCUGUGGACAGCCUCCAAACAUUUGUGGAGUACGCUCCCUGCCGAACAGAACGACAUGGACCUGCUGGACAGGGCUAUUGUCAGGGGGGAUUUAGUGCAGACUUCACAAAGGAUGGGAGAGUUGUGCUUGGAGGACCAGGCAGUUUUUACUGGCAAGGCCAGCUGAUCUCAGCCAACACAGAGGAGAUUGUAAAAGCCUACUACCCGUCUUACUUCCUGCUGUCUGUCACCGGGCAGAUUCACACUCGACAGGUGCAGGGGAACUAUGAUGACAGUUACCUGGGUUACUCCGUGACUACUGGGGAGUUCAGUGGGGAUGGUGAGGAAGAUUUCAUCACAGGAGUUCCAAAAGGACUCAUGCUGUAUGGUGUCGUGUCCAUAUUAAACGGAAGGGAUCUGACGUCUCUGCUCAACUUGACAGGAGAGCAGAUGGGGUCCUACUUCGGCUACGCAGUGGCAUCCACCGACAUCAACAGCGACGGUUUGGAUGACCUGGUGGUGGGAGCUCCAAUGUUUAUGCGUCGAGGGUCCAAUGGGCGCUUGGAGGAGCUGGGUAAGGUGUACGUGUACCUUCAGAGAGGCCCUCUUCUGCUGGAGCCAAGCCAGUCCCACCUCCUGGGUCAACACGCCUUCAGUCGCUUCGGCUCUUCGCUGGCCCCUCUCGGCGAUCUCAACCAGGAUGGUUUCAAUGACAUGGCCAUCGGCUGUCCCUAUGGAGGAGACGACCAACACGGAUUGGUUCUCAUUUACAACGGUCAUGCUGGAGGUCUUAUGGACACGCCCACUCAAACUCUCUCUGGCCAAUGGGCUUCCAGCUCUUUCCCUGCCAGUUUUGGAUAUGCUCUGCGCGGCAACAGAGACCUGGAUCAAAAUGGCUACCCAGAUCUGCUUGUUGGUGCCUUUGGGGUUGAUAAAGCUGUGUUAUACAGGGCUCGGCCAAUAGUGAGCGCCAGUGCAUCUCUUACAGUGCAGCCCACCAUGUUCAACCAGGAGGAGAAGACUUGUGAGCUGUUCACAGGGAAUGAAAUCGUCGCUGUGUCCUGUGUCAGCGUCAGUUUCUGCCUGCUGGCUAAUGGGAAGCACGUCCCCUCUCAUCUAGACUUUGUGGUGGAGGUUCAGUUGGACAGUGGGAAGCAGAAUCAGAAAGAGUCCAUCAGAAGGACUCUGUUCCUGGACAGCCAGCAGAGCAGCCUGCUGAAGACGUUCAGCCUUGCUAUUGGAGAACACUCCUGCCAUGAGGCCAAGGUCUACCUGCGGGGCGAGGAGGAGUUUAGGGAUAAACUCUCCCCUGUUUACAUCAGUCUGAACUUCAGUCUGGAUCCUCAUGCCCCCGUGGACCAGCAUGGCCUCAGACCAAUCCUGAAUUAUCAGACAGAACAGCCCGUAGAGCAGAAGGCCCAGAUUCAGCUCGAUUGCGGGGAGGACAACAUCUGCGUCCCUGACCUCAAGCUGGCUGUUUACGGUGACAGACAUGAGGUUUACCUGGGGGAUGAAAACUCUUUGAGCCUCACCUUCAACGCCAGGAACGAGGGCGAGGGAGGGGCGUAUGAGGCCGAGCUCUAUGUGGUGCUCCCCCCGCAGGCCGACUACAGCGGGAUAGCGCGCAACAAUGUGAGCUUGACUCAGCUGACGUGCAGUUAUGAGGCAGAGAACCAGACCCGCUAUCUCCUGUGUGAUCUGGGAAACCCCAUGAAGUCUGGGACCAGUUUAUGGGCCGGCCUUCGGUUCACUGUGCCAAGACUGAAGGACACCCAGAGCACUGUGCAGUUUGAGCUCCAGAUAAGAAGUAAAAAUGCAAAUAACUCAGAGAGUGAGGUGGUUCUGUUGGAGCUGGAGGUGGCUGCUAUGGCUGAUGUCAUUCUGCAGGGUGUUUCUCGGCCAGACAAAGUCAUCUUCCCUCCUCCAAACUGGACUGUGAGUCAGAGUCUGAGGGAGGAGCAGGACGUCGGCCCUGAGAUUCUGCAGGUCUACGAGUUGGUGAACAACGGUCCUAGUUUGGUCAGCCACUCCACAUUAAAGGUGAGCUGUCCUCUGAGGGCUCCUGGCCACGAGCUGCUCUACCCGGUGGAGGUGGUCACCGAGGGCCCGCUGAGCUGCUCCUCCAAACACACCUUAAAUGCACUGAGACUCAAGCUCCAGGCUCCAGCGGCAGCAGCAGCAGAGGGUCCAAGGUUACUGAAAUCCAGCAGUGAUCAUCACAUCCAGAGGAGGGAGGUGUACAGUGACGUCCUGACUGAACAAGGAAACCUGACGUGCUCCUCGGUGGAGUGCUGGCAGCUGCAGUGUGACGUCGGGCUGCUGGAGAGAGGAGCCAGUGUUAUUCUGACCGUACGCUCCAGACUGUGGGCUGAAACCUUCAUCGAGAGGGCCCAUAAGCAGUACGUUCUGGAGUGCUCCGUUCAGUACAACGUCGACAGGAUGCCUUAUUCUAUUCCUCCCAAGUCCAAACCAUCUGGGUCCAAAAAGGUGGUGACUGCUGUAGUGUGGAACAAGCCGGACAGUUUGUUUUAUGUUCCAGUGUGGAUCAUCAUCCUGGCUGUUCUCGCUGGGUUGUUAUUACUCGCCUUGCUUAUAUAUCUACUAUACAAGAUGGGCUUUUUUAAACGAUCAGAUCCGUACGGCACGACCAUGGAGAAGGCCCAGCUCAAACCCCAAGCGUCCUCUGAGGCGUAGACUCGGGACUGAGCCUCCCUGCAGCUGUUCCAAAGAACUGGAAUUAUCCCCAAACAAAUAAGGAAACUGGCUAAUGAUGAGCAGGCUACCCAUUUAUGAAUGGACACAGUAAUGGGUGCUGUAUCACUGGAAUACAUAAUGUCUGGUGCUGCACUAAAACGCCAAAGCAGGAGAGACUAUGAGUUGAAUAUGCACUGCUUUUUGGACAUGAAGUUGUACAAAUAGAGCAACAAACAUGAGGUAGAUUUGCUCCUUAGAAGCUUAUCGCUGUGGAAAACUUUUCAACUCACACAUGAUCUGACCUGGAAGAAUCGAAGCAUCGCAGCCAACACAGGAACAAGAAUGCAACCUCCAACAAAAGGCACUAAUAAGACAGUAUUUCUACAUUCCCUAAAGGUGUAAUUCAACAGUUUGCAAUCCCAUCAUUUGAUAUUUUUGAGAUUCCUGCUUUUGUAUGAUUUAUACACCACUUUUUAUUUAUGGCACAGUGUUUUUGCUCUCCAUUGUUGAAUGUUAUACCGUACUGUCUGCAGGACAAUCCUGAUCAAACUGCGAUGUUUAACUUGAAUUAUUCCUCUCCCAUAUUGGGAGGUGUUCUGUGUAUGUUGGAAUGUAUGUAAUGUAUUAUUGUGUUAUGACCCAUUGGUGUCCAGAAUAAAGCCUCAUUUUGUAUAUCCACCCAGAA